AUGACCGACAGAAAAUCCCGUAUGAUUUCUGACUUAAUAACAAAACGGCAUGACGAUAAAUUGCGUAAGUUUGGGAUUAUAAUACAGCCUAAGUUAAAGCCAGUACGCCCAUUUGAAAUGACUUUCGAGGUCACAACACCUACAGAUCAGCAUGAGGAUAGGAAGAAAGUACUAAAAUUAUCAUCAAUUCCUCCCAAUCCCGAAACAACCACGUUCCUGGAAAAAGGACUCAAUCUUUUAAUUCAACAUCACAGAAGCCUUCUAGGAGACAUCCUGGUGGAGAUUAUUAAUAUCGCCGACAAGUUCCGUGAGAAGACAAAACGGGAAAUAGAGAUGGAACUAAUUCCAAAGAUCUUGAUCCAUCAAGAGCCUACACACAGAAACAUAUUUGCCGGGAUACGCAAAACCCCGGAAACGAAUGGACAAUUAGUCCUUCAGGCAGACAGAGGAGGAGCUACAGUGAUAAUAGACAAAAAACAAUAUACCGAGAAGAUGGAACGUAUCCUACGAGACAGGACAACAUAUCGUAUACUAAACAAGGACUCAACUAUGAAGAUCAAUGGAAUCUUAAGUGGCAUGCUGAAAGAUAUGCAUAGGAAUGGGGAAAUUGACGCAUGGACAAGAAAUUCAAUCGUAAGAAACGAUGCACGACCACCAACAGCCUACGAAUUAGAGAAGAUACACAAAGAAGGCGAGCCACUAAGGCGGAUAGUCAACAACAAGUAUUGA